AUGCCUGUAUUAGUUAACAGCCUGCUGACGAAGAAUCUGAGGUCGACGGCUUAUACGCCGUCGGUUGCAUGUCGUCGGCCAGAUUGUCAUGUCCAUUCGGAAAGCAAUACGAGAUCAAUGACAUCGAUGUGUACGUUUUCCCCUGCACUUUCAGGCCUCGAAAUUGCGCUGCGUCAGAUAGCCAUGGCUGGCCAAGUGAGCUCCACACCUUCAUAUCGAGCGCUUCUUGUCGAACUCUGCCCUAAGUAA